GACCUAGGCCCUGUUAGGCUGGUUUUUUUGGGGAAGAUGAUCCAUCUUAAAUCCAAUUUUUAACUUGGAACGAUUUUUUUUUUAAUCUUAAAUAAACAAGAGUGAUAAUUUAAAUGGCUUUCUCGUAUUCGAAAUCUGAAUCAAACCCUUAAAAAAAUCAAAUCGAACGAGAACCACUCUGUAAUAAUUCUUUUUAAUUUUGGUACCGAAGGGUAAAAAGAACACAGGGAAACCCCACCGCAGUGCGUUGCAAUUCCCAAUUCCUUUCUCUCUCCCUCUCUUCGAGUCUUCCUCCUUGUUUAUGUCGAAAUCUUAAACCCUAGCCCUAAUUUUCCACUGUAUCACUCACCAUCUCCUUGUCUGUUUCCGUCACUGUAAUCUCAUGGAUUUCAGAUUUCGACCUGAAAAUAGAAAUGCUUCGUCUCCAUAUUUCUUUCCGCCCAAUUCCCAUAACAAUAAUUAUUUCACUGAACAAGCAAUGCGUGCUGGUUAUUUGAACAAUGGUAUCGUAAGAACAGAUUUUUUUGGCAAUUCAGAUCCUGUUAGAGAAGCUAUUCAAAGAGAAAUUGAAAAAGAAAGAAUUCGUGAAGAGAUAAUUGCAGCUGAACUUAUCCGUAAACGUGCAUUAGAAGCUGAAGUUAGAAGAGAAAUGGCUAUGGAGAGAGAAUUAGGGUUUCCAUUACUUUCUAAUUCUUUGCAUUUUCAGCAUAAUAAUCAUAAUCUUAAUAAUCAAGUCAUUGAUACUUCUUCUAGGUUACAGGACAGAUUUUCUAUCUCAUUACGACCUGAAGUUGGAAGCUUUGACAGGUUACCGUUUCAGCGACAUCCUGAAGCGGUUAAAAUCACUGAGCUUAAGCCGGCAAUCCCUAGCAUUACUGGGAUCAAGAGAAAAAUAACCGCGAUUGGAGUUAAUGGGUUUGCUUUAGGUAGUUCAAAGAAGAAACCUCAAAAGGAAUGGAGUUGCGCUCUCUGUAAGGUAAGUGCCACAAGUGAGAAGGGUCUGGACGCCCACCUACAAGGUAGAAAACACAAGGCCAAAGAACUAGGACUGAUGAGAGCAAAAGGAGCAAUCAGUUUGGAGAUUGAAGGUUCUGGUGUAUCGAAGAACAGUGAUGAACCAGACCUUGCAAAUGCCAGUAGCAGUUCAAUACUAGGUCACGAGGGGAAAAUGGUUCCAGCGAAGAAGAUGAAUGACAUAGAAUCAGUGCAGAAAGACCAGGCUGCAAAUGAGCAUAAGCAGAAUGACCAACUCCAAGGUGAGAAAGAUGAAGACGACGAGGCCGAACUGAAUAUGAAGGGAGUGGAGAACAAGGAUAUUGAGAGCUCCAUUAUAUUUCCAGAGAAGCCAGAAGGGUCAAACAUCAAUAGUAGGUGUAAUCCAAUUGGCGGUAAAAUGCACAUAGAGAGCUCCAUGACAUUGCAAGAGAAGCCAGAGGGGUCAAAGGUUAAUAGCAGGUGUAAUCCAGUUGGUGGGAAAAUGCCAGCGAGAGCUAUGAAGUCAGAGAACAAUGGGGAAGCAACACCGCAGAAAAAUCAGAAUCUUGAAGAUGUAAAGAAAAAAUUUAAAUUCUGGUGUGAGCAUUGUCAAAUAGGGUGCCGGAAUGCAAUUAAUAUGGCUGAUCAUGAAAACGGAAAAAAACACAUGGCUCAUAUUCAGGCAUUAAAGCAAGAUAGUGGGGAUGUGAAACUGGACGUUGGGAAAAAUGUGAAGGCAGUGGUGCAGAAAAAGCAAAAGACAGAAGAUUUCAAGAAAAAGUUCAAAUAUUGGUGUGAACAAUGCCAGGUAGGGUGCAAAAGUGAGAAAACGUUGGUCAAUCAUGAGAAGGGCAAAAAACACAUGGCUCGACUGCGGGUUGCAAAGCAAGAUGUUGACGCUGUUCAAGCCUCUGAGGCUAAUAUUGGCAAAGCAGAAGCAGUUGAAGUUGUAAAUCAGGAGGCAACAGAAAACGUUUAUGGGAAAGAGGACACUCCAGCCACCACCACAACCAUCGCCGCAAUUACUGAUGCUACUGUUGAAAUGUCAAAUGAGAAAGUGAUGAACAAUAUUGAUGGGGAAGUUGACAAAAAAAGAGAGGCUUUAACGACCACCACAACCAUCACCGCCAUAACUGCUACUACUAGUGAAAUGCCAGAAGAGGGAAACGUUGGUGGGGAAGUAAAUGAACAAGAGGCUUUAGCCGAUGCCACAACCAUGAUACCUGUUACUGAUGCUACUGGUGAAACGUCAAAUGAGGAACUGAAGGAAAGAGCUGGUGAGGAAGUAAAGGAACAAGAGAUUCUUGAUGACAUCAGAACCAUGCCCGUCAUUACUGAUGCAACUUGUGAAAUGUCAAAUGAGGAAUUGAUGGAAAUUGUCGGAUUGAAAGUACAUAACCAGGAGGCUUUAAUCGCCGGUACCACCACCACCACCACCAUUACUGAUGCUAGUUUUGAAGUGGCAAAUGAUGAAGGGAUGGACUUUCUUCUUCUGGAAGUAAAUGGAGAAGGGGAAAUUUUUGAAUUGAAUGCAAGCGCAGAAGACGUGACAGAAGCCGAGGGAAAGUGAGUUUGAAGUGAGACCGAAAGUGAUUGAGAUGAAAUCAUAGGGGUUAAUGACUGACAAACACAUGGGGUGGCUGCACCAAACGGAAAUUGUAGUUAUUAAUCAGAGGAAAUGGAUAUUGUGAGGUAAAAUGUUGUAUAUUAUGUACUGCAUGUGACAAUUUCUAUUUGAAGUGUGUUCCCUUGUUUCUCUUGGCUCGGACAUUACAUUGCAGAAUGAUUUUAAUGUAUAUAAUCUAAUGCAAUGAAACUAGUCUUCUGGAGAACCUAAUUCUGUAGAAAAGAGGGUUAUUGUAUCGCCAUGACAGAUCUAUUUAUGGGUAACUGUUUCUCCUUUCUUUUGUUCUGCUGGAAACACUUGAAGACCAUUGGUAUCCAGCAGGUCUU